GUCCGAGUGGUCUUUGGUCCGAGUGGUCCGGGUACCCUGGAAAGAUAACUGGCUGCAGAGUUUGUACUCUCGUACAUCAGGACAAUCCAACUACUUGUAGAAACUAUUAACAGUAUAAUUCUCCAUUCCAUUCAUGAAUGCUUGAAGAAGGUUCUUUGAUAGGUAACCAGCAUGGUGGGACAUGGAAAAUCAUUAAAAAAAUUGGAUCUGGAAGAUGUUGUCAGGUAUAUGAAGGACUGGAUGUGGUUUCUAAAUCACAGGUAGCUAUAAAAGUUUAUAAUGAAGGUCUAAAGUUUAAUUGUGCCCAUCAAAGAGAAUUUCUCUUAUUGAAGAUAGUUCAUGAAAAAUGUGGAGAAGUGACUCAACUUGUUAGAAUGUUAGAAAGUUGUUGUUAUGGUAACCAACAGGUGCUUAUUGAUGAAUAUUUACAGCCAAGUUUAUCAGUGAUUAUAUAUACAGCUAAACAACAGAGUCAUCCUUCUCUGUUUAUCAUUCACAAAAUAAUAAACGAUGUAGCCAGAGGGUUGUCUGCUCUCCAUUUAUGUGGUUUUGUUCACGCUGAUUUGAAACCUGAUAAUAUACAAUGGAGUCCUAAGUCUGGCACUUUUAAAUUGAUUGAUUUUGGUCUUUCAUUCAAUAUACUCGAUAAAGAGAUUGGGCUUGUUCAAAGUUCAAGUUAUCGAGCACCAGAAGUUGUUUGUCCCAAUCAACCAGGCAAUGUACCAAGUACAGCUAUUGAUAUCUGGAGUCUGGGUGUUUUAGCCUUGUAUCUUGUAUCAGAACAUAAACUAACGGACUAUCGUAAAAUACAAGGUUUAUGUGCUGGCUGCCAGGGUGACGAAAAUAAAUGUGAAAAUACAGCAAUUGUUGAAAAAUUAUUUCAACAAACAACAUGGCAUGACCAAAAUAAUCUACUUGAAAAACUAAAAGAGAUAGUGACACAGUGUCUUCAGUGUCAAAUUAGCAGACGACCAACUUGUUCAGAUGUCUUACAACAGAUACACACUUUAACAUCACUUAAUGCUGGUUUUUUAGAUUUGUUGAUUUUACCAACGUGUAUCCUACGUCUAUUAAACAUGUUAGAUGGUUGUGAAAUAAAAAAUGAAACAGAAUUGUCAGAUAUUAAAGACGAUAUAGUUGAAGAAUGUAAGAAAUAUGGUCCAGUAAAAGAUUGUAUUAUACCUACUGAUGGACCUGGCAUUAAUAAGGUUUAUGUUUAUUUUAUGUCACAUAUUGAUGCUGCAUCUGCUUUUACCAAAUUAAAUGGAAGAACUUUCAAUGAUAGAACAGUCAUCACAACAUAUUUUCUUCCUGUUGACUUCUACACCAAAAAUUUCUUUUAGAUAAUCCUUUAAUCCUUUGGGAAUAUCUAUUAAAUAUUCUGCCGCCAAAUUCUUCAGAACAAAAAAAAAAUAAUAAUUUAAAAACAAAACAUACUUAGUUGCUCUUCACAAAGGACUUUGGUGCAAAAUAUUUAAGUGUUAAAAUUUUAACAAUACAUUGCACACAGUUUAGUGGAUUAUUUAUUGAUCCAGAAAAACCAAAAUAUAAUUUGGUUUGGCCUUAUGUAGAUAUAAUCUUUAGUGAACGGUUGAAGGGGUAGUUGAAUUUAACUGGGUUGGCCUUAUGUAUAUUUAAAAUACAGAUGUGACGUCAUUCUUUGAUGUUGGCAUCUCAUUAUUUCCAAUAAUGUACGGGCAACAUGCCAAGCGUACAUUAUCUAUACUAGAUGAAAUAUUGGACGCGUGUGAUGUAUUUCAUUGAAAAACAAGUGCGGGAUAGUGUCUGUAUUUUAAGUUGUUUAAUGGUCUCAAUCUAAAGACAUUGUGUAAUAUAUUGAAACAACAGUAGUCUAACGCCUCGUGCAGUAUCAAUAUAUUACUUAAUGUCUCGGUCUCGACCACUAAACCAUACAUAAUCUUUAGUGAUUGGUUGAAGGGGUAGUUAAAUUUAACUGCAAUUAUUGCAAUAGGGCAUAUACAUGUAUAUUUAAUAUUUUAAAAUUAUAAACAAUUUUAGUUUAAAAGCAAUAUAACAUAAAAUAUUCUACGUUGGCUUCCAUGCAUUUUAUGAUAAGUGUUCACUGUGCCAUUUUUUAUCAUGUGUGUCUCAAGUAACUUUAUUUAAAAUUCAGAUGUGAUGUCAUACUUUAAAGAUACAUUAUGGGAGAUUAGAUAAAGAGCUGGCAGUUCUCACUAUAAUAGUUAAAAACUAGAUAAUGUAAAGGGAAUUUGCUGAAAAUUUCAGUCAAAUUGAUACACUCUGAAUCGAGAAUUUAGCGAUUGGAUUUUUGGCCUAGCAUCGAUCAUCAUUACUAAAGUCGGUACGAUAAAAAACAUAGUCUCGAUUAUCCAUUUAAUGGUUUAAUCAUGAAUGAAAGUCGAACAGCAAAUCGGAUCCUAAUCCAGUAAAUAUCGCAGGCUAGCGAUGACAUUGAGAGUUGAUUAUGGUCUGGACAAGUUAAUUAAUGUCUAGUUAAUAAUUUAGAUAACAUUUCAGGCCUAAAGAAAGACCUGCAAUAGGCAGAUUUAGCUCUUGCAUAAUGUAUGUUUAAUGUUGCCGUACCAUUAUUUCAAAUAAUGGUAUGAGCAAUAUGCCAAUCGUAUAUAAUUUACCGCAGAUGACGGUCACAUGAUGAUGGGCGAUAGUGUUAUCUGUUAUUUUGUGUUAUUUAAAGGUCUUGAGAAAAAUAUUGCAUAAUAUAUUGAGACUCCGGCUAAUGUUAUAGUGCAGCAUCGAUACAUGUAUAUUACUUAAAAGCUGCAAUUAGUCUACGUAAACCAUUGUCAUUAAUCAUUCUUUGAUCUUUGUUGAAUAUGUAUUUUAAUUUAGAAAUUCUAACAGUUUCAGCUCUGGUACUUUCAGUACUCUUGAAUAAGGACCAGUUGCUUACUGUUAACAAAAGUUUUUACAUGUUGCAUUUGAGAAAGAUGGAGGUUCAUAACAUUUAAAUAAGUUUGAAGACGUCCAUAAUAUAUUGUUUUAACUCCAUACAAAGAUUGGAUGUGGUGAGUUUUUUAAACAAUUGCUACUUUAAAAUAGAAAUAUGGUUAGUGCUAAAUGAUAAGGCAACUCGAUUUUUUAUCAUAGGUCACAAGAUGUAAACAGGGCUACCGCUAAACCAACCCUAACCCUGGCCACAAUGCUUACCCAAACCCUAGCCUACAAUCACGUGCCCUAACCUUAUUUACAUCUCAGCAACCUUGACAAAAAUUGAGCUGGCUUUAACAAAUAGAUUCAGCCAUAGAAUAUCGAGGUUUGUAAGAUUCAAUAAGAAAGAUUGGCUGUGGUGUUUCUUUUUAAACAAUUGCUUUUUAAUGCCUCACGCUCGACUUUGACCUACACAUUAUGUCUACCGAUAAAGCAGACAAUUUUUAAUCACAGUGUAUAAAGAAUGAAAGAUAGGUUUAAUGUUUUAGGAAAUUGGGUCUGUAAUUUUUUUUUCAUACUUCAUGACUCUUUGGUCAGUAAUUUUAUAUAUGAAUUAUUCAAAGCAAUGCAAUUGUUUGUUAUUAAAGAUGUUCAUUUUUGUUAUUUUGUAAAUAGUUUUAUCUGUUUAUAAUGUUCUUUCUCUUGUUUAAUUGUUAUUGUUUGUAUAAAUUGUUCAAAUAUUUUUAAUGUGGGCAGAAAAAAAACCCUGCAAAUUUUGUUCUAGUAGUAGAUGUCUAUUUGGUGUUUAUUGGUCCAUCCUCGUGGAUUUUCUCCAGGUCCUCUGGUUUCCUCCCACUGCUAAAGACCCCCUACGCGCAAGCGAAUUAUUGAAAUAAAAUUAAGACAUAUGUUAGUCUCGAAAUGACACAGUUUGUGUCGAGUGGACGUUAAACCCCAUUUCUCUCUCUCUCAGUGAUUUUUCUGGCGUGGUUUCCCCUGUCUAAGCGUUUGGAUAGGUCGAAAAAAACUGAGAUCCGGUGUACACAUUGCUGUACACAUAAAAGCUCCCCUGGCAGUUGGAAUUUGAUAUAAGAGUAGGCCAUAGCGCCACUGUCCGGGCCAAAUAUUCCUCAUAGCACACUGUAUGGCGCAUGUCUGUCUUCAUUAGCCUAGUCCGAGGAGAACAGAAGGCUGUUAAACCCCAAUUCAUUUUAUUUGAUCUUGGUGUAGGUCGAGAAAGUCCAUCAGGAUUCCCUUUGUCAGUGAUGCAGGACAGUGUGUCUAGUAAGGAAAUGUGUCUAGUUAUUUGGGAUGGUAAACCUGUGCAUUCCAUUGACAGCACGUUAAAGAUCUCUGACAGUUGGAAAUAGAAAUAAGAGUAAACUGUAGUGCUGCUCCCGUAAUCUGGAAAAACCUGGUAAGUCUGUUGAAUGCAAAUUUGAGAGAACAAAGGAAAACAGUUUUGUUUCAGGAUUAAGCUACUGAAUAUAAACCAAAUUUUACUUUGGCUUUUUAGAUGAAAAUUAGAAGCCUUUACUAACUAGGUAUUUCCAGAUUACAGCAGUGCUGUGUGGGCAAGAUUACUUUGUGACUUUUCAUACAUGUAAAUAAUGAUUUUCUUAAUGAGCUGGGGCCAGUUUCAUGAAAUUUUAACUAAGAUAAAAUCCAAAUUUUAGUAGAUUUUAUCUUUAGUUAAGAUUUCGAGAAACAGGGCCCAGAUGAUCUGAUAUACUGGAACAAAUUUCAUUAUUUUAGGUUUCUUUAUAUUUCAUUGCACGAAUACCUCACUUGCUACUUAAUUCAAUAAUAUGACACCAAAAAGAAUUAAAAAAUAUUUUAUUGAAAAACGUU